AUGGCUAUUCCCGUGGGACGCACCCUUUUUAAGAAGAAGGAGGGUAUUCUCACUCUUACAGGUGAUCAUCAGCUGGUUACUUGGACUCCAAAUUCCGGCGGUCCUCCUACCGUCACGCUCACUAUAAGCAACAUCACAAAUCUUCAACAAACUCCAGAUACUUCACCCAAGGUGAUGCUCAAGAUCUUCGAAAAGGUUGGAGACGCCGAGCCUGCAACAUAUCUCUUUCACUUCAACACCGCCGAAGCCAAGGAGGAAGCGAAGACGUUCAAGGACCUUUUGUCGACUCUACUAGCUUCUACUCGAGUUGGAGAUGCUGCUGUUGCCAAACCAGCUGGCGCGAGCGGCGGCUCAUCAACACCAAACCCAGGCGCUGGUGCUGCUGGCAGUAGUUCAGCCUCGAUGGCUUUUGCCAGCGCCGUUAACUCACAGCAUGCUUCGUCUUCCCGCUGGUUCGACGACGCGCAACUCAAGAAUGAUAUUGAGCUGCAGCAGUCUUUAAUGAGAAAGGACACCAGCCUGCAUCAGACCUUCGUUGAAGCAAUGCAAACCAAACCCGAUUCAUUAUCAGGAGCCGCGUUCAACUCACAGUUUUGGUCAACACGGACAAAUAUUCUCCGUGCCCACGCCAUCGAGAUUAAUCAGAAGAAAGGAGCUUAUAACGUGCUCUCAACAGUCAAGCCUAAGACGGUUGACGGUGAACUAAAACUCAACAUCAGCGUAGAGCAAGUACAGAUGAUAUUCGCACAACACCCUCUGAUAAAACGCGUCUAUAACGAGAACGUCCCUAAGCUAUCCGAGGCAGAAUUUUGGUCGCGUUUCUUUCUCAGUAGGCUGUCCAAAAAGCUACGCGGUGAGCGAGUUAUCGACAACGACCCCACAGACCCUUUGUUCGACAAAUAUGACCCUAGCGAGAACACUGUGGCAUUUCAGAGCAAGAUCAUGGCGCAACAGGUGCCGCAUAUCAUCGAUAUUGAAGCUAAUGAGGAGAACCAAGGAGGCUUCAGGAGUGGAAACGCAAAGGACGUUGAGAUGCGUCCGAGGGCGAAUAUUCCCAUUGUGAAGACGCUCAACAGUCUCAGUGAGAAGAUCAUGGCCAAUGUUGCACCUUCUGAUGUCAACACCGAUGAUCCCGAUGGUGGCUACAACGCCUACAUCCAGCUAGCACUACGCGAUUUGAAGGGCGAUGCUAAGGAGCAUCGUAUAAUGCUCAAUGUGAAAGAGCAAAACAAGUUCUUCUCAAAACAUGACUCGACACCAUCGAAACAAGCUGCUGUAUUCGACAAGCAAGCGCCUGGCGAUGUUCUAUUCGACAUAUUGGGAGAUCUUGAGACUCUUGAGAGUGAUGGUGCUGGUGGGAUCAAUAUCCAGGCCGCAAUGGGCUUCGACGAACAAAGCGAUAGCGACGACGAUGCUCCUAAAAGACCACAUGUUGGAUCACGUUCUGCCCUUCUAGCUGCUGAUAAGGACAUCAUGAAAGGGGUGCGUCAACAACGAGCCCAAAAAUACGGACAUGAUGAUGAUGCUACUGAACCCAUGGGUCUCCCUGUCGAGAUUGCCCGCAAAUGCAGCCUCACUCAUGCGACUACUAUCGAGUUCCUUCACCAGUUCUGGAAUGCAUUCCUCUCAGGCGACCCAGACCGUGCCGGUGAAUUACAGUACUUGGCGGAGUCUCUGGGCCGUUCACUUGCACGCAUCAACGUUGUGGCGGAGGAAGCCGAAAGAGAACGAGAGGAGAUCAUACGUAAUCGCAAGAAGGAGAUUCGUGAAUACUUUGAACGCACGGGCAAGAAGAUUAGAUGGAGAUCUGACAACGUGGGAGGUGGAAAGGCUGCAGUGAUAGCUCUAAUGCAGCUGAUCAUGAACGCGCUGGAGAAGGCUCAAGCUGAUUACUCAAGAGCCCUCGCAGCUGAAGGUAUUCAGAUAUCGACAGAGGCUUGA